AUGUCGUCAUUUGGGUUCUUCUAUCCGACGUUGGAUGACGGAGACUUUCUGGACCUCAAUGCUAUCUUCAAUGAUCCCGGGGUGUUGGACAUUGCCAUCCCUCCGGCCCCGACUGUCGCGACUCCAGUUGAAGAAACGUUGAGGUCUGUGAUGUACCAUGACCCGAAUUCAUACCAAAGCGAUGCAAUCAUGGAGUUGGUCGAUUCCUUGAGCUUCAUCCCAGAUCUUCAGCAUGAAAUUCCCCAGCAAUAUGACCAACAGUAUGUUACGUUCGAGAGUGAACUUCCUGAAAUCAAGCAGGAGCAGCAAGCAGGAGAUGACGUUCAUACCUGCGAGAGGUGCGGCUUCCUUUCCCAGAGCUAUGAUGAACAUCUUCAGCAUUUCACCAAUGAACACGCCGCCAAGUUAUGUACAAAAUGUGGAGCUCAAUUCGAAGACGCUUCCGCGCUGGUUCAGCAUGAAUGUUAUCAAUCUGCUCCCAUGGAGGAUUCAAAUUCUUCGUUUUCUCUCCCGCAAACGGAAGUUUCACCGGAUGUUCAAAGUUCUUCACAGAAACGGAAGCCAGGUCGAAAGAACGCAAAUCGGCGUCCAAUGGUCUGCUUUGAUUGUGGUCUUGUGUUUUUCACGCUUCGGGAACUUCAGACCCACGAAAAAACGCAUCGGACUCCAAAGAAACCCCGUAAAACCAAAGAAACCCGUCGCACUGAAGCCGCUACUGCAAGAGAUCCGAAUAUUUGUGAUCGAUGUGGUAGAGAUUUCUUGAGCAAAUCGUCUCUUGUUGCGCAUUUGAAACGUCAUGACACUGUUCGCGAACCAACUUUAGAACGCACAGGUCCUUGCAACCGAUGUAAAUUCAACUUCGGCUCUUCGUCGGAACCUGGUCCAUCUACUAAAUGUGAUCUCCAACCCUGUGCAGCUUGUGCUCUUGUACUUUGUCCUACACCGGUUACUGAAGCUUCCCUGGAGUCAAAUGAAUGCGGCAAGCGGUUCUCCCAGCCCUCGUCGCUUACGUACCACAAGAGGUAUCUCUCCGAAAUAACAUCAAAUGACUCGCUUAAACUCGUGUAUGUAAAAAAAAAAUUGGUACCCUCUAAACAUAUGCAGCUUUUACCUGGAAAUCGAACGUAUGCCGUUUGUUGGUUGGGUGACGAUCUUAGUGUGUAUUUGACGCAAGUGUAUGAUUUGAAAAAUAAGGACGCAUUCGGGAGAGAAACCUUAUGGCUGUGA